AUGUGUGCUGUAAAAGCUUUCACUUUGCAUGGAAGUUGGACUUGCCAGUUGAAAAUGAGACACUUCCAAUUGAACUUGCUUCUCAUCUGUAUGGCAACCACCACUGCAAUUCCUGUCGUGCCCUGGAAGGUCAAGUGUCCACUACAGUGUGUCUGCCAGAUCAGACCAUGGUACACACCCAGAUCUGUGUACAGGGAGGCAGCCACAGUUGACUGUAAUGAUUUGUUCAUCUCCACAGUGCCUGAAAGCUUGCCAGAGGGGACGCAAAUCCUUCUGUUGCAAAGCAACAAUAUUGUCAAGGUUGAGCAGAGUGAACUGGGCUAUCUGAAGAACCUGACUGAGGUAGAUCUGUCACAAAACAGCUUCUCUGAUAUUUUGGACUUCAGCCUGAAGAACAUGCCCCAAUUGCUGAGCCUUCACCUGGAAGAGAACCAGCUAACUGAACUGCCUGAUAACAGCUUCUUGGGCCUGGCUAAUCUCCAGGAGCUUUAUCUGAACCACAAUCAAAUACGCAGGAUUUCACCCCAAGCCUUUUUAGGCCUCAGAAACCUCCUUCGGCUCCACCUUAACUCCAACUUCCUGAGGACGGUUGACAACCGCUGGUUCCAAGUCCUGCCCAGUUUGGAGAUUCUCAUGAUUGGAGGCAACAAAGUUGAUGCUAUUUUAGAUAUGAACUUCAGGGCCCUUUCAAAUCUGAGGAGUUUGGUUCUUGCUGGUAUGAACUUGAAGGAAAUUUCAGAUUAUGCAUUAGUAGGCCUGAAAAGCCUGGAAAGCCUUUCUUUCUAUGACAACAAGCUGGUCAAUGUCCCCAAACGGGCCCUGCAGCAAGUCCCUGGUCUUAAAUUCUUGGAUCUGAACAAAAACCCGCUUCAAAGGAUCAAGCAGAGUGACUUCACAAACAUGCUGCACCUUAAGGAAUUGGGACUCAACAACAUGGAGGAGCUGGUUUCUAUUGACAAGUUUGCCUUGAUCAACCUGCCUGAACUGACCAAACUAGAUGUGACCAACAACCCUAAACUGUCCUACAUCCACCCCAAUGCUUUCCACCACCUUCCCCAAAUGGAGACUCUCAUGCUCAACAAUAAUGCACUAAGUGCCUUGCAUAAGCAGACACUAGAGUCCCUUCCUAACCUGCAGGAGAUCAGCAUCCAUAGCAACCCCAUCCGUUGUGACUGUAUCAUCCGUUGGGUCAAUAGCACGGAGAAUCACAUACGCUUUAUAGAGCCUCAAUCCACAUUAUGCGCUGAGCCCCCAGAUCUGAAGAAGAAGCACAUCCGGGAUGUCCCCUUCAGGGAAAUGACGGACAGGUGCCUGCCCCUCAUCUCUGACAAAAGCUUUCCUUCAGAAUUGGAGGUGGUGGAUGGUGAGGAUAUCUCUCUUCACUGCAGGGCUCUGGGAGAACCAGAACCAGAGAUAUACUGGGUCACACCAUCAGGCCUCAAGCUGAUGCCCUACUCAGAAGAUGGGAAGUAUAAAGUGUACCCUGAGGGGACCAUGGAGAUCCACAAGGUUACAGCACAAGAGGCUGGGCUGUACACGUGUAUGGCUCAAAAUCUCAUAGGUGCUGAUACCAGAAGCAUCCGCCUGAUGGUUAAUCAUUCUUUCCCUUUCAGUGAGGACAUGCUAGAACUGCUUGUGAAGGAAGUCCAGGCCUACCACAUUCUGGUUGCCUGGAAACCUCACCUCAACACAGUUUCUUCUAACCUGACAUGGUCCAGCUUCAGCCCCAGCUUGGAUAUGACAAGCGUGGCCCGUAUCCCAACUGGCACUCACACAUACAAUAUCACACGGCUGCACCACAGCACAGAGUACUGGGCAUGCCUUCACGUGGCCUUUGUAAACUUGAAGAGCAAGGUGGCCUGUGUCAAUGCCAGGACUAAAGAGGCUCAAUACCAGUACUGGGAAAGCAGGCAGGGUACUCUGAUGGUGCUGUUCCUCUGUAUUUUGUUGCUGUCUAUUAGCCUUAUAGGCCACUAUGGCUUGGGUUCCUCCAAGCCACAAGCUGGGAGCCCAGGGACCUGUACGCCAUGGAAAACAGGCUCUUCUUCAGUGCGCAUAGUAUAUCCCACUUUCAUCCAACACUGGGAUCAAGGGAGAAAGAGUGAGACACUCCUAGCCAUGGAGGUACAAGCAACACAACUGGACUCUUGA